AUACCCCCUUUAGAAGAGACCCACAAGAUAUGAAUCCCACAUGAUUAUGACUAUGAUGCAGCUUCAAAGAGGGAAAAAAAUGGAAAAUUUUCAACCCCAUCCCAACUUCCCAACCGUUACAAGCUUUGAAAUUUGAGCUCAAAGUCCAACAUUCCAAACUUGCAUAGAUAGAUAGAGAGAUACAUACAUGCUACAAGCAGUUCGAAUUUUUGGGAGGAGAGAAAGAUCUGUGUGGUGUAAGUUAGUGUAACUGGUGUAAGAAGGAAGUCUGUGCUCUUUGUGGGGGAUUGUUUUCUUGAGAAAAACUGUGUUAAUAUGAAUAACUGGUUGGGAUUCUCUCUCACUCCCCACUUGAGGAUUGAUGAAGAAUUUGGGAGAGAAAACCAAGAGCGUGGAGAAGAAGGAGAAGGAGGAGGAGGGUAUCAUCCUCGUCCUUCUUCUCACCCUCACUUGUCUGUUAUGCCUUUGCGCUCUGAUGGUUCUCUCUGUGUUGCUGACUCUUUCAGUCACUCUGCCACUCCUCAAGAAUGGAGGUAUGAUAGUGCAAUAGGUGGAGGGAAUUCCAAUGAAAAAGGUCCAAAGCUUGAGGACUUUUUGGGCUGUUACUCAAACUCCCCCAAUAAAGUCUUUUGUCAAGAUUCUCAACAUGACCAAAACCAAAGCCAGAGCAAUGUUUCCAAAAUCAAUGUUAAUGUGGCACCAAACUUUUGCACCAAUGCUGAUAUUGAAACUGGGGAUUGCCUCACAAACCCUUCUUCCUUGCUUCAAUCUUUCCAUGCAUACAAUGAUAACCCACAUGCCCUUAUCCCGACCAAUGGCAUGUACAAGUCCUGGUUGGCGCAAACUCAGUUUUCUGAUGUAAAGCCUUCAACUGAGGCAAAUGGGUGUAAUUUCCAAUCACUGUCUCUCACUAUGAGCCCCACUGUGCAAAAUGGGGUGGGAGCAAUUUCCUCUGUUCAAGCUCUUGAUGACAAUAGGAAACGGGCCAUGGCUAAAUCUCAUGCUAGAGAGCCAGUUCCUCGCAAAUCCAUUGACACUUUUGGACAGAGAACCUCUCAAUACCGUGGUGUUACAAGGCAUAGAUGGACUGGGAGAUAUGAGGCCCAUUUAUGGGACAACAGUUGCAGAAAGGAAGGGCAGACAAGGAAAGGAAGGCAAGUCUACCUUGGUGGUUAUGAUAAGGAAGAAAAAGCAGCAAGGGCUUAUGACUUAGCUGCACUCAAGUAUUGGGGUCCAACAACUCACAUAAAUUUCCCUUUAAGCACUUAUGAGAAGGAACUUGAAGAGAUGAAGCACAUGACCAGGCAAGAAUUUGUCGCCAAUUUAAGAAGGAAGAGCAGUGGAUUUUCAAGAGGGGCAUCUGUGUAUAGAGGUGUCACAAGGUAUGGACUAAAGCACCAUCAACAUGGAAGGUGGCAGGCCCGAAUUGGAAGGGUUGCAGGAAACAAGGACUUGUAUCUUGGUACAUUUAGCACUCAAGAAGAAGCUGCCGAAGCAUACGAUAUUGCAGCAAUCAAGUUCAGAGGAACAAGUGCUGUGACCAACUUUGACAUAAGUAGGUAUGACGUGAAGAGAAUCUGCUCAAGUUCCACACUGAUUGCAGGAGAUCUUGCAAAGCGGUCCCCCAAAAAAGAGUCACCAGCUUCUGUUGCUGCGGAUGACAUCAACACAAGCAGUUCUUCUGUGCCGUCUCAGCCAACUUCUUUGGCAAUAACCGAUGCUGAACAUUCUGAUGAGUUGUCCAACAUGAUGUGGAAUGCCAACAACAGUGAUGAACAAGCAAACAACGAGAGUGUUAACAUGAACAAUGUGAGUGAAUCAUCACAGCAAGUUUCUCCAAGCAACAACAAUAAGGUUGGUUUGAACCAUGAAAGUCCUCCCAAGUGUUCUGUGGGGCUACCGAACGAGUUUGGAGUGAGUGGAGCAGAUUAUGGACAUGGGUACUUCAGCCUGGAAGGACCAAAAUAUGAUGAUGAUGACGAUGAUGAUGAUGGGAACACUGAAAACGACCACAUGAGCAGCAACAGGCUUGGAAACAUGGGACUUGUUAAUCAAGUUCCGAUGUUUGCUUUGUGGAAUGAAUGAGCUUAGGAAAGAAAACUUAAGACGAUGAUGAGAUGGGAGCAUUAUUGGAUGAUUAUUGUAGUAUUUGGUAAGGUAAUUUGUUGUUGUGUUGAAAAGAAGGGUAUGUCAGUAGUAGUAGUGGUGAUUCCUUAUGUGUUUUCUGUUGUUGGUAGGUAGGGUACGAUACUAACUUGCAAAACAUUAUCCACUUUGGUUAACGAGAAAAAUAGAACAGAAUGAUGCAUGAAAAUCAAUGAUGAGAAUCGUACCAAAAUCUUGAAAUUACUA